AUGGCUACUGAAAGUACUGCACAAGAACAAAGCACGAUUCCAAAUGAUUUACAACAGAGAUACAGUAAUUGGAAAAAGAAUACAAAAUUGUUAUACGACUAUUUGAAUACGAAUGCCACCAAAUGGCCGUCGUUGACUUGUCAGUUUUUCCCUGAUUUAGAUACUACAUCAGAUACCCAUCGAAUUCUGAUAUCUUCAUUCACAUCAUCACAAUUACCUGAAGAUGAAGCCAUUCAUAUAUCUAAGAUAUCAACUUUAAAACAUUUAAAUUGGGCAUCAGUUAAUAAUUUUGACAUGGAUGAAAUGGAAUUCAAACCAGAUACAAAUUUGAAGCUUCCCUCUAAACAUUUAGUCAAUGAUCUCACAAUAAAAUUCCCCAAUGGUGAUUGUAACAGAGCAAGAUACCUUCCUCAAAACCCAGAUGUCAUCGCAGCUGCUUCUUCUAAUGGAUCAGUUUAUAUAUUCGACAGGACGAAACAUGGGUCCUCUAGAAUAAGGCAAUCUAAGAAUUUGAAACCUUAUGAUGCAGUCCUUUUCAAUAAUUCAGAAACUGUAGAAGAAUUACAUGAGAAUACCAAUGAAGCGAUCUCCUUGGCUUGGAAUUAUCAAAAAGAAGGUACCUUGGCAUCAUGUUAUUUACAGGGACAAGUUCAAAUAUGGGAUAUCAAACAAUAUUUUCAUUCAAACCCUGUAUUAGACAAACCGGUGCUCAAUAUACAAUUUGAUGCAUUGGGCGUAAAUGAUGUGAGUUGGAUGCCAUCUCAUGAUUCAUUAUUUGUAGCAUGUGGUGAAAGUGAUACAUUAGCUUUAUUUGAUCAAAGAAUCGGGAAGGAAGUGUCAAGAAUAGCACAAAAUAGACACAAUGGAGGUGUAAAUUCGUGUAAAUUCAAUUAUCAAAAUAAUAUGUUACUUGCAUCUGCUGAUAGUGAAGGGUUAGUAAACAUGUGGGACAUACGAAAUUUGGACCAGUACCCUAUCAAAUCAAUAAAUCAUGGGUCAUCGAUAUCAACAAUUGAAUGGAACCCGAACUUAGACACCAUUAUUGCGACAGCUGGUCAAAAUGAUGGAUUAGUUAAACUUUGGGAUGUUUCGAACACCGAUAAUGAAUUAUUGUUUGUACAUGGGGGACAUAUGCUAGGCGUCAAUGAUAUAUCUUGGGACUUGCAUGAUUCAUGGUUAAUGUGUAGUGUUUCAAAUGAUAACUCUAUUCAAAUAUGGAAACCUGCUCACAAUUUGGUAGAAGCAGAACAGAGGGUUUGA